UGGAGGAGCUUGGGCCUGGCCCCGCCCCCUUAGGGCCCGCCCCCGACGUCUCCGCCCCCAGGGCCCGGCCGGCGUGCUUUGCGGCCUGCCCUUCGUGCCCACGUGUGGCGGCGUCCUGGACUGCGGCGGAAGAGCGGGUGGUCCGCAGCCACCCAGAUGGCUGGCCCCUUGUGGCGAGCCGCCGCCUUUGUCCAGCGACACAGGAUGGGCCUCCUGCUGGGAGCCUGCACGGGCCUAUUUGGGGCUCAAGUCUCCUACCACCUCUUCCCAGACCCGGUGGUCCGCUGGCUCUACCAGUACUGGCCUGGGGAUCAGCCGGCUCCGCUCUCGCCCGAGCUGCAGAACCUCCUCCAGGAAGUAUUGCAUGACCUGGGUGUCCCGUCAGGACAUCGCUACAAGCCCUUCACCGCCUUCACCUUCCAGCCCGUCAGCGCUGGCUCCCCGAGACUUCCUGCCGGGGCUGUGCUGGGAAUCCCGGCCAGUUUCCUGGGGGUCCCAGUGACCGACCCUGACCAUCCUGUGGUGGUCCACGGGCACAGAGUGGACUGGCAGAGCCCGGCGGGGGCCCGGCUGAGGGAUGCUCUGACCCUGUCUCACGACGCUCGCAAGUUCGCCUUGGCCCGGGAGGUGAUGUACUUGGAGAGCAGCUCGGCUGCCCUGCAGGCUGUGCCUGCCCCUGCUUGCCUGGCGGGAACCUGGGCCCUGAGUGUGGGAGCCAAACACGCCCUAGGGCUCUACGGAGGGCCCCUGAAUCUUCGAGCUGCCUUCAACUUGGUGGCCGCUGUGGCCGGCUUCGUGGUCUAUGCUUUCUCAGCGGACUCUCUCACUCAUGCCCUGGAAGGCUGGUUGGACCGCCGCACCGCCUCCCUGUCAUCCGCCUACGCCCGCGGUGGGGUGGAAUUCUAUGACAAGAUCCUAUCGGGUAACCUGGCCCUGCGCAGCCUCCUGGGCCGGCGCGGGGAGCAGCUAUACACUCCCAGUGGGAACGUGGUCCCCAGACACUGGUUCCGCAUCAAGCAUUUACCCUACACCGCUCGCCGGGACUCAGUGCUGCAGCUAUGGAGGGGGACGCUGCACCCAGGCCACUCAUGAGUGCUGGCCUUACCCUGCACACUUGUGGUUGGUACAGCUGCACACUGCCCUGGGUUCUGUACCCACAGGCCCAGG